GUGUUUAGUUUGACUGAAAAAUUAUCAAAAAUGUUAGUCGAAAUAUGCAAAGGACAAAACACAGAUCAUAGAAUUCAUGAUGACAAGAGCACGAGGACUGUGAAGAAUUUCGCUGGCAACGUUGACGACACGCGCACCUGCCAACCUUGUGAUGAACGGCUUGGUUUAUCUUCCUCAUUUCUGCCAGUGAAAAUUAUAGUGGAAAAUAAAGUUGUUCUUAAUAACCUUACCGCGGUUGCUUCAGAAUUUACAGAGAAUGUAUUAGUAAAUAAAGAAUACUCUAGUAUCGGUCAUAGUGUUCGUGAGGAGGACGAGGAAUAUUACAACUGGUGUGCGCCGAGAAAAACUUACGGCAGGAAUAUGGUGAUGUUUUCGAGAAUCCCCUCCACGAUUACAGUGACGUUUUGCUCUAAAAUGGCGAGACUGUCACUGGCAACACUAGUAAUAGUGACUACCUUGUUACAUGUGUUGCCAAGAGCCUUGCCUGUAUCACCAUCUGUGCAACUACUCGAGGUGCCGGCAUCAGUACCACCCUUAUUAUCCUGGGUAUCUGUGAUGCUUUCGUUGUUGAUACCACUUCCCUCCCACCGGUCGUUGUCAGCGCUUCCUACAACCACACUACCCCAAGCUUCGCUGACGUUUCUGGCGACUCUUCCCCUAGCCUCGCCAGCCCUCAUCCCCGACUUCAUAGAAUGGGGAUACUGCAGCGACGUGCAGCUCCAGGACGACUUCGAUUCUGCCAAGUACGCUGGCUGGUGGUGGGAUAUUUCGCGGGUGCCCAGCAGCUACGAGGGCGUCGUGCAGUGCACCCACCAGAACAUCACUCUUAAAGACGGGGCAAUGGUGGUCGUGAAAGAAGGCCUCACGGCAGACGGACUACCCGCCAACAAGUCCGCCAUCGUCAGCGUGGACACCUCCGUGCCUCAUCCUCAUCCUGCCCACCUCGUCGUAGACGCAGAAGGAGUUCCUUCAGCGCCAUAUAAGGUGCUGGCCACGGACUACGCGCAUUACUCGUGCGUGUACUCGUGCCUGCAGUUCCCUGGCGUCUUUGCCGAGUUCUUCUGGAUAUUCGCGCGGCAGCCGACCUUAGCGGAGAAGUACCGUCAGCUGUGCCUGGAUCACUUCAGGUCCACCGGCAUUGACACAAGCAAGCUGGUGGCUGUCCUGCAGGGCGAGGUCUGCCCGUACUCAGGCCGUCUAGAGACCAUGCAGCGCACCAAUCAUCUAAUCCUGCAGCAUGCCAUGGAGGCGCCGCAGGUGGGGCGGCAGCUAGAGUCGCGCAGCAGCGUGUCGGCAGCUGGAGCGGCGGCCGACAGUGAUAACUCCGGCACAGGCUUGCAGUGUAGCUACACUGGACAUCUGAGUGCUGCCGUAGUGUUGGUUCUCGCUCUCCACACAUACAAGACGUCAUACGAUCUCAGCUGAUACAUGAAUGAAGUACCGCGAAAUAAAAUUUCCAGUUUUACUAUACAGUAAUUGCUUGCUGGGUAAGAUAGAUGUGUAAUUCCUACCAGCUACCUCAUUAAAUAGUUAUUUCGACAUUAUGGUUGCCUAUGACAAGAUUUCACGUCGAUAUUACGCUAUUUUCUUGUUGGUGAUGCAUGAAAACUAUUGUUAAUAAGAAUUCGAUAUCUUACACGAAUUUCAGACAUGAAAGCGGUUUGCUUGAUUUCUGUUAGUGAAUAAUGUAGAAUACUCGACAAAUUGAUGAUAAUAUAUUAAAAAAUGUCAUCGCCUUCUAAUAAACCUUUAUUAGAAUUUGAAAGCGUGAAAAUCUUGCGCGCAAUGCAACUCAUGCACGCCAGCAGCAGACAGUGAACCAACCGUCUAGGGAGUCUCCACUUUCCACAGACUUAUUCUAAUUAAUAAGAGUCCUGCUUUCAUGCGCAAUAUCAUUUGCUAUGGCAUGUGCUCACGGAUUACCAGGUCGUUUAUGAUGAAGAAAAAUCAGCAGGCCCUAAAUUACGGACGCUACUCACGCGGCUGCCAACUUCUGAUCAGUCGUCGACGACCUAUUUUCAGCCGUUGUUUUCUGUUGUUAUCCACCCGAUUUUUCCUUCAUUCCAUAGUGAAUGAGAACCUCGAUAACCAUUCACAUUUUAAUUAGUGUUUAUGAAAUUUAAUGAAAAAAUAUUCAAUUUCCUAGAGGUGAAUUAGAUGAUAUUACCGUCUUCGUUUACUGCCAGUUGCUAACUCAAUGUCCCUAUAAAUCACACAAUAUUAUAACUCACGAAAUAAAUCAAGUUCGGAGCAUAUCUUAUAGUAUUUGAAGAUGAGGUUCUAUUUUUUGUAUUAAUAUUAACUUUCGUAGUUUAAAUUUUCCGUUAAU